UGCUUAGAGAGUUUAAAAAGAUGGCUGCGCUCAUUGGAAGAAUGUGGCGAAGUGCAUUUACACAUGUUUUAAGAGACGUUUCUAAUGUUUCACCCCGAAUUCAACCAAGUGGUCAUCCAUGUACAAGAUGGAUUUUUGGUAAGAAUGCCAACUCAUUGCAGACAGGCAGAAGUUUGUCCUCCUCACCUCAUAGUUUAUCUGCUAAUAAACCUACCACAGAUAUAGAUACCACAACAGAAAGUUCGGAUGAGGUUUUGUCUUUGAAGUCAACAACUUCAAAGAAGAGGAAAAAAAGAAAGAAAGAAAAGCAUCAAGGUACUUCAAAGCAGGAUGUGGAUAGAGAGAGACUGAAGAAAGAGGAGUCAGUUUUGUUGUCAGAGGAGGUAGAACCGAGGAGCCCCAGGGUCUGGGUGAUGGAUAAACAUGGAGAAUUUUGUUUGAAAGAUGUCAAGUCACCUAAUAAAUCUGCUCCUGGUGGAGACACGAGGAUGGAAAUGAUGGAGGAUCCCCCAGACGACGGUCAGGCCUGGUCAAUCCCGGACAUUUACGAGUCGGAGGAAUUCCGGAGGUGUGUCCAGGCGGCGGAACGGUCCAUCCUCGUUCAUUGUCCACAACGGACCAUCUCCGAGUGUAUCACUGUCUGUGAAAGCAUGGCCCCUGUCUCCAGAGUCCUCAAAAUUCAUAACAAGGCUAUACUAGUCACCUAUGAGAGUGAUAUCUCGGACAUUCUUGCCGGAGGGUUCCGUAAGUGUAAUUCAGACGCUGUUUCUAUUAAGCAGACAGAAAAAAGGGUGUUUCUGAUGUGGAUAAACAGGAAAAAGUUCAACUCAACACAACAGCCUGUGUGCAAAAAUAUUUCAGUUCUGAAGCAGAGAAAUUACCAAAGACUUCUGAUGAAUGAAACAAUAGAGGGCCAGAUGAAAAUCCUCGGCAACAGAACGAAGAACCAAUCAGAGAGGCAGCAGGUGUUGUUCUUCCUCAGACAGUGUAUCCAGGACGUAGUGGACUUGACCCAACCCAAUUACCUGGUGGUGCCAUUUGGAUCGGUGUUAAAUGGGUUCAUCUGUGAUACCAGUGACCUUGACACUGCCCUUGUUUACACCGGAAGCAGACAAAAGCAGGCUAAUGAGACAGCAUUACUAAGUGAAAUAGCUAAAAAACUGAAAAUGUUGGACAGUUACAACAGCAUUCUUUCAAUAUUCCAUGCCCGUGUUCCAAUCAUAAAAUACCAUAACAGGCUCCUAGAGGUUGGGGGAGACAUUUCCUACCAAUCUAUAAAUUCGUCAGGAAAAACUGCCACUAUAUGUCUGAAUGCAUUGAGCCGUUGUUCUCCGAGUGUGGUACCUUUCAUCAUGACCGUUAAGCUGUGGACCAAGCUGUACGUAGACUGGUUCCCAUCCAAGUUUGUCUUCACAGCCUUAGCCUUGUUCUAUCUACAGAGGUGCCAAAUCAUACCCCCGAUUCAGAAUAUCAAGGUUAUAAAUAAGUCUCCAGUGGAUGGGGAGGACUGGAAGUGUGUAGAAACAGUAGAAACAAAGUCAUUAGACCGACUUCUGUGUGGAUUUUUUCAGUUUUAUAAAGACUUUGAUUUCAACGUUUAUGAUAUUUGCUUGAAAUCUGGUAAAAUAAUACCCAAGUUAGAUCAUCAAUAUACUAUAAUAAUGAACCCAUUCUGUGGUAAUAAAAACAGUGAGGAAUACAUGGCUGCACGGAUCAGAGACUGGAAUGUUGCGCGGAUACAGGCGGCCAUGGCGGAGUCCGUCCGGAUAUUAUCUGAGUCACCAUCAACCUUACUCCAACCAACUGAACAACACUGGAAUACUCCAACAAAUGAACCAUUUAAGUUUAAUAAAAGGAAAAGAUGAGAAAUAAUAUCAAA